AUAUGUUUAACUUUCGUUGUAAUCUUUACGAUCUCGUUUCAUCAAUUCCUCCCUAAUUAAGUAAAGUAAAUAUGAAAAUAUAAUUUCUUAUUUUUUUGUUACACGCCAUUUCCACAUUUUUUGUUUCUUUUUAGAAAGUUAGUAAGAGUAAUAACACCUGACUCGUAUGCUUUCGAAAACAUCGGCUACAAACCGAACAAAGAAAAUGAAAAUGUGGAAAAGGAGAAGGAUUUUAAUAUUCCCUGAACGUUCUGUACAUCUUCCGCCAAAGCUCGCCAAGAACUCUGUUUUGUACAUCUUCGUGAGCGUUAAAUGAGGAGCCGCAACUCUUUCGGUAAUUCAAAUUCUGGAGAAGGUGAUUGAAGAAUUAAAUUGAAUUGAAUUGCUAAACAUAAAAAGGGAAAGCAAAAGCGACUUAUUAUUGUACUUUGGGAGUUCAUUUGUGAGAACAGGGCACCUGUGUACCUAACAAUUCUUUUUAUGUCAUUCAAUUUUGACACUUUCAUCUUUCAAAUCUUUAUUUCUGAUAAGAGGCAAAUUAGCACUUCCUGUGUUCAGAAUUAAAAGUACAUUCCAAGUUGUAGUUUAAACAGCCCCUUUCUCAUAACUAUCUCUGGAAGUAGCUCGGUUAAAAUCCUUCAAACUCAAUAGCUUUUAAUCAAAUGACGGCAAACCACCAUGUUUCAAAACCGACAGUGAAUCGAAUGUAAAACCGAACGAGAUGAGAGUCGAUUUGAAAAGAUCGGAUGGUGAACAAAGCUCUAUUGAAAAAGAUAAAUGACAUUAAUAUUUUUCAUCAACUUGCUUUACAGCGCAAUAGAGAUUUCGACGCCGUUUUCCGAGCGAGAUAAAUUCAACAAAGAUCAUUAAAAAUUUUGGAAAAGUUUCAGACAAAGCGGCUUGCGUCGUUUUGUCCUGGGGUAAUGAAGCGUGAAGCUUUGUACUCACUGUUAGUCACUGUUAGUUGAUUGGUUAGUUAAUUACAGUGCGACGUUCUGAUUGGCUGAUGGAAAUCACGGGGACUUGUAACCCAUUCAACUGCCGCGGCGGUUUUUCGUUGCAUGUGUCAACAGAGACUCGGGACGAAUUUCAAAUUUUGCUUCGAUCGAACGCCAAAAUAGAUCUUUGAGGAGUUUAUAGAGAGAGAAAGAAAGACUAACUCUGCUGCUACUGUGUGGAAAAUUGUCAGGAUCAUUAAGGAGGGGGGAAAUGUCAGUGGUGCAACUUUGAAGUUGCUGGUGCUAUAUAGUGACGCCAACUGAUCGCGUCCAUUGCGAUCUUGUCACCUCUAAAUCACUGCACGGCAAAUAGCUAAUUUCGUUAUCAUGUAUUUAUGGAGGAGAAAGCUUGAAAGAUGAGUCGUAGGUCGAGUGCAAGUAGCAGUGUGAGCACCAGUGUUAAAUCUGGCGUCGAGGACGAUCCGUUGAUGCGAGAUUGUUAUGAUUUGAGACGAAGAUUACUUCAGACUGAGCAGUCCCUUCAAAGUUUGAAUCCGCCACAUGCAACGAACGGAAAACCACGACCAGCCAGUCAAAAACAGACUUCCUAUGAAACCAGAGCUGACACAACUGAUCGAAACUUCCGCCCAAGUGCUGAAGACUUAAGCUUAAAUGGCCCAAGAAGAAGUUAUUCUUCAUCUCCAGAAAGUGCUGCUGGUCAAGUGUUGACCUUGGCUGACCUUACCCCAGCUGGCUCAGAGCCAAAUCUUUCCUCAAGGGGCCGCAGAGGAACGUCAUUGAUCAGUUCUUCCCAGCCCCUCAGGUCAUCGUUUCCAGACCUCAGAACUGGUUCCACUCACUUAUCCCCUAGGGACCAAGAGCUGGAUAAUCGUUCUUUUGGAAGUGCUAGUGACUACGACCAUGACACGAUGAUUAAAAAACUUUCCAGACAGCGCGAGGAAAAUUCUCAACUUGUCAACCAGAAUCACAAGCUCAUGACAGAACUUGAGAAUCUUAGCUAUGAUUUGCAUCAGGCUAGAAACAAGGUGAAAAUUCUUGGUCAAGAAUUGGAAGUUGAACGAAAAAGACUUCCUCCAAUGGAAGACAGGAUAGUGAGUCUGGAGUCAGACUUAGCGUCACAAGAGGAUGCUGUGAGAUUUGCAGAGCAAACAUUGCGAGACUGCAGAGAAGAGCUUCAAUCCAAAACAGAAGAACUGAGAAGUGUGCUUGAAUCGUCAACUAUAGCUGAAAAUGAACUGAGAGAGGAAGCCAAGCUGAGGAAGAGGGCAGAAGAUCAUCUCGAGGAAGCUUUGAGAAAUAUUGAGGAGCUCUCGGAGAAAGUUGCAGAACAAAAUACCUCGAUCAAAUCACUUAGGAAACAGCUUUCAGACCGCGAGAGGCACUGGAAGGAGGUUAGUUCCCAGUCCCAGCGGGAAAAAGAUGAGCUGUUGGAGAGAGAGGCCACGUUACAGGAGCGAAUGACGGACCUUCAGGAAGAGAUCAGACUUCUCCAAGCCGAAGGAACUGCCAAAGAAGACAGCCAGACAUCUAUGCAACACGAAAAUACCAGUUUACGAGCGACUAUUUCACGCCAGAGCCAAAAAAUUGGCCGAAUUGAAAACGAACUUAGAAAAAAUGAACUGUUAUUGAAGGACCAGGGAGAACUACAAAGUACUGUGGAGAAACAACGAGAGAAAAUCAUCCAAUACCAGCGGGAGAUUGAGGAGACCAAACUUCACAUGGCACGACUUGAAGAACUGGUUCAUCAGGUUCAGGAACAGAGCAUGAAGGAACACGUGAUUGCCACGCCUUCUACCAGCGAUAGCGGCAUCUGUAGUAGCACCCAGACUAUCAACGGUUAUAACAGCAUCAGUCCACGAAACCUGGGCAGCUAUAUACACGAUGACGUAGAAAACGAGCGUGAUCACGUGACGGGCAGCGGUGGAACAGCGCGGGCGGUCAUUGCUGAUCUCAAGCUUAAACUGGCGAUGAAAGAAGCCGAGAUUCAGAAACUACAGGCUACUGCUGUGGCGCGGGCAGCCGCUCAGCAGAAACACAUAGCGGGUUUAGCCGGCGAUGGUGGGGUUAUGGACGGCUUAAGGACAGAGCUGUCUGCCAUCGUUGAACGCAGUCGGAUUGGUGAUCGCAAGCAGCAGGAACUAGAACAGAUCAUUACACGCUUAGAGGAUGAGCUGGCGCGUCACUCCACACAAACUGUACAACUAGAGGAACGGCUGGCGGACAAAAUGGCGCAAAUUGCGUCACUGGAAAGUAAGCUCGGUCAGAGAAAUCUCAAGGUGGUCGAUUUACAGAACGAACUGGAAGAAAAGAUUUCAGAAAAUGGCAUUCUACAGCGAGAGGUACGGCAGGCGACGUCACGCUUAGGUAGCAUCGAGAAACAGCUGACUGACAGGACAUCAGAAUCAGGUUUACAUGAAGCAAAACUUAAAGAGCUUCAAGAAGAGCUAGAGUCCAGGACCCGGCGCAAUGGAGAGUUGGAAGGAGCACUGGAAGCCAAGGAAAUAGAACUGAAGGAAUCGGCAUCACUUGUGGACAGAGUGAAAGCGUUACACGGUGAACAGUGUCACGAACUACAGAGACAGAUAGAGGAGUUGCAGAGAACAUUUGAAGAGAAAAACGCUAUCGUAGCUCACCUGGAAACGUCCUUGGCAGCCUCUCGCCAAGAGCUUAAUCUCAAAAAGUCAGUUGCUGACCAAAUGGAACGAGCUCUCAAAGAACAAAAACAAGAAAUCGAAACACGAGACACGCAAUCGGCUCAACAUGGCCAAAAACUGGAAAAACUGGAAGAGCAGGCUGACAAGGCCACGCAACAGGUCAGAAAGAUGGAGGUGUCACUGGCGGAGUGUCACAAGGAGAUUGAGAUGUACAUUGGUCAGUUAAAGGAAGCCCGCGACGCGCAUGAGCAGGAGCUGGAAGAGCGGAGACUGGAGAUAUCCAAAUUGGAAAAGGCAUUACAGCAGACUUUGUCAGACUUACAUCAGAAAAACGAACAGAUUGUUCAGCUGGAAGGCAUAGUCGCAGAUCAACAGAACGCGUUGAAAAAGGAACAGGAGAGAAUGCGUGACUUGGAAGAGUCACGCUCUCAUCUUCAACAACAAGUAGCUAUUCUUGAAGAAGAAAUGAAUCGUGAACGAAACACAUCGCAAAUGGAGUGCAGCGAAUUACAACAAAGGCUUCAAGGAGCCAAAGACGAUAUUGACGAAAGAACUCGACAAAUUAACGAACUGAACUCAACGUUGAGGGAAGUUCAUAAAGACAUGAAACACAGUUCAGCGAGUAUUGUUGAAUUGGAACAGCUUUUACAGCAAUCUAGAACCCAGUGCGACAAAAAGACCGCGCAAGCACAGACUCUGGACCAGGCCCUCAAAGAAACGCGGAAGCAGCUGUCCGAUAUGACAAAGAAAAACGGGGAACUGGAAGAGAGGUUGCGUCAAACGGAGAGCGAAUAUUCAGAAAUGACGGAACAAAAUUCGCAGCUAGAUACUGAGGUGAAUAAAAUCCAAACCGAGUUGCAAGAUACGAUCUCACAGCUGAAAUCUCUGCAAGACGUGUUGCAGACGAGUCAGAAGGAAGUACAGGAGAAAGGAAAGAAAGUUGAGGAACUGGACAAAAUGUUGAACGAGAGCAUGGAAGAACUGCAACAGAAGGACAAGAACUUAAAAGAGAAGGAAAGCAAAGUGGUGGAACUUGACAAAGCACUCAAGGAAAGACAGUGGGAACUGAAACAGAAAGCAGCACAGGUUACCCAGCUGGAUAUGACCAUGAAGGAACACAAGAGUGAACUGCAACAGAAGGUCAUCACUUUAGAGCAUGCGCUCAACCAGGCUCGAUACGAACUCAGCGAGAGAGCUGUGGAGAUUGCUGAACUGAAAGCCAAACGAGACCAGAAUCAAGAGCAAGAGAAGCAGAAGAGAACCAGAAUUGAACAUUUAGAGAAAACGGUUAAACAACAGCAGCAAGAGCUGAAGAAGCGCGCCUCGCAGGUGGCGGAGUUUGAGAGAGAGAUCAACAAGUUGCAGAAGAGGCGUGAAGAUUCUGAAGAGACGAGUCAAGAACUGCGCUUGGCGCGAGAACAACUUCAGAACACGCACGCAGAACUGAUGGAAGCCCGCCGUGAUCUCUUGAAAUGUCAGCGGACUGAGCAGGAGCUAAUCCAUGAACUUGAUGACGCGCAUGCCCUGUUAACCACAAAGGAAGGAGACUGUGCCAGGCUUGCAAAGGAACUUGGGGCGGCUCAGGUACGAGAGGCUCAGGCGGAAGCUAAAUGUGUACAGGAAAUGAGGAAGGCACAACAACAACACGAGCUGAAACAGGCCACUCAGGAUCAAGAGGUCCAACGCUUACAAGAAGACCACGUCAAAGCAAUCGCGCAGAAAGACGAAAGUGACGCCGCCCAUCGGUUGGAGAUUCAAAGAUUGCAAGAACAAGACAGACGACGCGCCCAGGAUUUAGCGCGGGCACAGGAGCAAAAUGCGACUUUAGUAGAGGAUAACAGAAGCUUGGCUUCUCAGCUCGUGUUGUACCAAGAUGAUGCGAAGGCGACAAGCGAGAUGUUAGUUAUCAAGGACGCUGAGAUCGCUCGUCUGGAGGCCAAAGUAUCCGGAUACGAGCGGGCUACAUUCGGCUCAAGUGCUCGGCUUGAUUCGACAGGGCGAGUUACUCCGAGAGGUACAAGAACAGCCACACACAUGCGCCAUGUAACCUCGCCAAGAACCGUGUCCAAAUCUUCGGUCAGCGGUAUGAAGAAAAGCAGCUCGGACCAAAACCUUCAUGACUUGUCGACCAACAGCACGCUGGUGACGUUCAGUCAUCUCAACGCCCAAGACAGGAUAGAGAGUCGCGCGUACCCUCAAAUUCCAUCUGUUCAUGUGAGCCAAGAUCACUCGUCACGCAGUCAGAAUUCGUAUUCUCUCCCGCAAGACCACAGCAGAAAAGUUAGGUCAAGCUUGGAAACACUCGAGGGACUCCUCAAGCAAGCUAACAUGGAGAUGGCGCGAGAAAGCCUGCCCUUGCUUCUCAACGCCUCCACGUCACAACCUGGUGACGUCACACUCUCUACCGCUGACCUCAACAGCACGCAGCCUUCUCCGCCCCAGAAGGAAGAGCGCGACAGAACUGGUGAAGUCGAGAAUGGUAUAAGCGAUGAACACGAAGAGCAGGUCAGCGGUUUGUAUGAAAACCUUCAUGAACAGUUAGAGAGAAAGAAAGCGUCACUGGGUAUGUCACGUGAUCGAGGAAACGAUGAGGAUUCGCUGGAUCCUGAGAGAUGUCGUGCCAGUCUUCAACAACGCUUGGCUCUUAACGAAGCAAGAAGAAAAAACAUCGACCAACAGUUACUGGAAAUGCAACAAAGCGCGGUAUCUUAGAAGCGCCUUGGAACCAUAAAUACGCUACUGGGCGCCAGCAGAGAAGCCUGCGGAAUAAUUACUGUUCAAUCGCACAAAGAGUAAAAUGAUGGUUGCAUCGAACUCGAGAGUUCGCCCACGUAUUAAUUAAGCACAGGGUUGGAAACUGGAAUCAGGAACGCGAUCAGGGGAUUGCGUGUAUGUAAAUAAGCUUUACGCACUGCACAUUAGUCAAAUAUACACAUCGGAAAACAUUUUAUACCUAGAAUCCAAACGACAUUCAAGCCAAAAAAAUAAUAUGUAAGAAAAUUUAGAUUCACCUCACGGUAAACCUCUAGGCUCGGUUUUUGAAUACGAUUAGCACUAUUUCAGGGUAAAAUCUUGAGAGAGAUAUGUCAGAACAAAACUAAAUUUCAAGUUAAUCCUGCUUGAAGCGAAAGCCCCAAGUGACAAGAGUUCUUUCUCUCACGGGAUCGACUCUUUCGUUCGUAUCAAAUUUAAUGACUCAUAAUCUGCGGUUUAUUUUCAUCCAGAAUUGCUGGAUAAACGUGUUUGAUCUAAUAAGCCGAGGCGCAAGAGUUGAUAAGAGUUUUCGCCCGUUUGGAAGUACAAAACAAACGACGAMCGUWACAUGUUCAAAGUAGGCAAGACGUUGUCUGGUUCCCAGGCCUCGAUAUUUCGCCGUGUUCAAUUGUUUUGGGGUUACGUGGUCCGAGUGAAAAAACGUUACUGUUCGACUCGGAUCGGGAAAAAGCCGUACAGGAACUAGGCAUGGCGUUUUGCUUACUUUCAGGUCGUUUAGCCGCAUGCUGGCGAUAGUUGAUGAAAGUGAAGUCGAAGAAAAUUCCUUUAUGAUACGGGAUUAUCCAACUUUAUAAUAUAGAUAGGACCCUGCGCGCACUCUGAUUGGUCAAAAACCGAUGUUUUAUCAGAGUAUAAAACAAAAAGCGUGUUUUAUUGUUUUUCGCUACAUUACCUCUAUAUCAUAAAGACAUGUGAGAACACCCGGACAUGUGAGAACACUAGAGAAAUGUAGAAAACACUCGCCUGCGGCUCGUGUUUUCUACACAUUUCCCUCGUGUUCUCAAAUGCCCGUCGUGUUUUAUCAGUGUAAUACACGGCUUAGGCUUCUUUAUUUGUUAAUCAUAACAUGUUUCAAAAUAUAUGUUGUACAUUAAUAUGGUAUAUCGUACGUAAACAGAGUCGCGUUUUUCAUUGUCACUUUGAUGACAACAAAUCAUUUGUGUAAGCAUUAAUUAAGCGCUAAAGAGAUGUAAUAUAUUUUUAUAGAUAUUUGAUACAUAGGCGAUUUCUGUAGUAAUUUUGACAUAGGUGAUUGGUUAUAGUAAACUAAUAAAUUAUGGUAGACGUAGAUAAUGAUAAUUUAAUGAAACGCGGUUGAUUUUUCACGGUAACUGGUUGUGUGGCAUUGACUGGGCUGUCGCGAACUAUUUCAUGUCGUGAUGUUAAAUAAAGGGAAUCAAUUUGGUCGUAAA